CAUCCCCGGCGGCAACGCAUCCGAUAUCUCACAGGGGAAAAACCAAAUAUGAGCAUUUCAAGAAGUGGUAGUAACAGCACAACCCAAGCUUGCGCUGCAUGCAGAUACCAACGCAGGAAGUGCGCUCCUGACUGCAUUCUCGCCCCUUAUUUUCCUCACGAUCGUCAAAGACAGUUCCAAAACGCCCAUAAAUUGUUCGGUGUCAGCAACAUUACCAAGAUCAUCAGGCACCUCAAUCCCCCCGAGAAAGACAUCGCCAUGCACACCAUCGUGUUUCAAUCCGAUGCUCGAGCCAAUGAUCCUGUCGGCGGCUGUUACAGGAUCAUCCAAGAGCUCCAGCGUCAGAUCGAGUACAGCCAGGCCGAGCUAGACCUGGUUUUGCACCAGCUAGCUAUAUGCCGUGCACAGGUCGCUCACCAGCAGCAAAUGCAAGAAUCUGGGUGUGAUUCGACUCUAGGCUGUGAAUUGGUGAACCUGGAUUUGUUGAACUCGUAUAACUCGAAUUUCUAUUACGUUCAAGAACCCCAGGAGAAGCAAUUCGGUUUAAGUGAUCAUAUCAAUAACAACAACAACAACAACAACCAACAUCAGUUACAGCAAGAAACAACUUAUGAUCAUUCAUGGGGCAUACAAGAAUCAACUACGGCAAUGUCGUCUUUGAAUAUCAAGCAGACUUUUAUCGAAUAUUGCGAUGAUCGUCAUGAAGAAGUUAAGUCCGAUCUUGGGAUUCCUUGCGAAAGACAUGAGAUGAAGUUUGAAAACGAUGAACUAGUCGAAAGGAGGUUUGUCCCAUCCACACAAUUAGUUAUGUCAUCUUAAUAAUUAAAUUUGUGUUCAUCUUCUGAUCAUUUUAUAUAUAAUAUAAAGCAGAAUAAUAAAUGCACGACAGAAAUGCACAAUAAAGUUUUGAUCUAUUAUGUGGCUUUCAUUU